AUGAAGGGCGUAAAAUGGGACGAGGCAAAAUUGGAGGAAAUAGAGGCAAACAAACCCGAGAGAAUGAAGAUAACUGAGCCAAAGACACCAUUUCAUCAUGUCAAGAUUGAUGAUGAGAACAAUUUUGAUGAGGAUGGCAAUGGUAGCGAUGUGGAUGAUGAGAUGGCAUCAUGUUCAAGUAAAAGUAGUAAAUCUCCUAAUUAUAAGGAUGAUCAUGAAUAUCAUGUCAUGGAUCAUAAUGAUGACGACGACGACGACGAUGAUGAUGAGGAAUCAGAAAGGAAAAGGAGUUUCAUAGAGCAUAGGAGAGGGCACUAUGAUGAAUAUAAGAGAAUCAAAGAGCUACAACGAAAUGGUUCAUUUCUUGCAGAACCUUCUGAUGAUGAAGAGGAUGAUUUAUUAUUGGAAGAUGGUGUUAAGGGCAUAGAAAUUGAGAAAGAAAAAGCAGACACUUCUGCAUAG